UCUUCUCUGUCUACGAGUCACAAAAAAUAAAACAGAAAGACUGUAAGGAUGGCAGAGGACGACGUUAACUACGCAUCAGUUGUAUUUAAAUCUAACCAACGACAAAGAUCAGAAGUUAAAACGGAGGAAACUGUGUAUGAUGAAGUAAAGGUGCAAAAUCAGCCAACAGAACAAACUCCUGUCACAAAUGCCUCUGCAGAAUUCUUGCCUGACAAGAAAUCAAACAGCAGAUGUCGCCACUAUCAGCAGUUGGCUUGUUGUUUGGGCACGCUUUGUAUAAUUUUGGUGCUGGGCAUCAUAGCAGUCGGUGUCUACCAUGUCACAUUAAUUUAUGAGAAUGAUGAAACUGAGCUGAACCAACUGAAAGAAAACCAAACAACUUUAAAUGCUGUCAAUCGUAACCUGACAAAACUCAACAACAAACUCAGUUUAGACAAUGAAGACUUGAAGAGGAACCAAACCAAUCUCACACUCCAGAUGAACAACUUGACUCAAGCCUUUAAAGUCUUAGAAAAUGAGGUGACAAACUUGACAAAAGAAAACCAGAACCUUAAAGAGAAAAAUGAGCAGCUGAAGACUCAGAAUAAGGAGCUGGAGGCAGAGAAGAAAAACCUAACAGAACAAAUACAAAACUUGACGACAUCAUGGAAUGAGCUCAAUGUUAGUCGAGCUCAGUGGAGCAUUGAUGCCUACUGUCCCAAGAUCAAUGACAAUAACAACAGAAAGUGUAACGCCUGUCAGGCUGGCUGGCAAUUUAAUUCUAGCUGCUAUGCAACUAAUAAUGCAAACUAUGAUCAACGGAAAACCUGGGAAGAAGCUCAAAAAGACUGCAGAGGAAAGAUUUCAGAUUUGGCUGUUGCAAUUAAUGAAGAAGAAAUGAAAAUUAUUAGUGAAAAGAGUUGGAAAAAUAAUGAAAACAAAGGAUACUGGAUUGGUCUGAGAGUUGAAGAUGGGAAAUGGAAGUGGCUGGAUGGAAGGAAUCUGACUAAUAACUCCUGGAUUGACCAGCUUCCUUCUGCUGGUCACUGUGCAAUCUCUCUCCAAAACCAAGGAUUUAAAUCAGUGAGCUGUGAUGCGAAGAACCAAUGGAUCUGCAAGAAGAAAGCUUUGUCUGUUUGAAUACUGCAAAGUAAAUACUUCAGAAGACUACUGGAUAUUCAGAAACUACUAUAUUAAUAUUGAUGUUAAUAUCAAUAAAAAUAUUAAUGUAAUAUAUAAAUAGGAUAUUAAAAUAUGAAGACUGCUUUAUGAUUUUUGUAUAAUAAAUACGUGUAACGUAACAACGCUGUUCAAACUGCUGUAACAUGUUCAAGGUUCAAGGUUCUUUAUUCGUCACAUGCAUAGUUAUACAAGUAUGACACACAGUGAAAUGUAACCUGAUGGCCCGGAUGGCUUGGGGAUAGAAGCUCCUCUUGAGUCUCUCUGUCCUUGCCUGGAUUAUGCGGAACCUUCUACCAGAUUGCAGGAGUUGGAACAGUUGGUUGCCAGGAUGGGACGGGUCCUUCAGUAUCUGCGCUGCUCUAGUCCGGCAUCUCCUGGUGUAGGUGUCCUGAAGCGGGGGGAGAGCAAUCCUGCAGCAGCGUUCUGCUGUACGGAUCACUCUCUGAAGAGCUUUCUGGUCUUUAACACAGCUAUUCCCAAACCAGGAUGUGAUGUUCUGUGUGAGGAUGCUCUCCACAGCGCCUGUAUAGGAAAUCCUGAGGAUCUCUGGAGAGACCCUGAACUUCCUCAGUUGUCGUAGGUGGUACAGGUGCUGCCUAGCCUUUUUGGUCUGGACCUGAAUGUGGGCAGACCAUGUCAGGUCUGAGGAGAUGUGGACACCAAGAUACUUGAAGGACUGCACCCUCUCCACUUGAGCUCCACUGAUGAUAAUGGGCUUGUAGUCUCUGUGCUGACUCCUUCUGAAGGCCACCACCAGCUCCUUGGUCUUGUCUUGGUCAUGUUUAAUCACAACAAGGAAGAAGGAGAGCUGGCCUCCACAUUAGGACUUCACACUAUCAACACUAGAUGUUGAUCCAGAGAAGAAUAAAAGGUUCAGCUUAUUAAAUGAGUCUCAUGUUUUGUAUUUUAUACAUACUCUUUGUUAAAUCAAGUUCACAGUUUUCAAUACCAAGAUAAU